UCCAGCCAACCAGUACAUCUCCAUUCGCCGUCAAAUGUAGAUGACCGAUCGAAACCUCCGGGAGACCGCGCGGAAUUGCCUACUUAGAAGAAUCGAACAACCAAUAGUGCUCUCUUUCAGUGUGCAUCCUCUGCUGAACUCCGAAGACUUGGUACAUCUUGAAGAGAAUAGUCUAUAAUAGACGACCGAGUGCAGUGCGACUUCGUUGGAAAUUGGUCUCCUAACUCGAUCGUCAGAAUCCGCGACAAUCCCGCAGUCAAAGCCGACAAGCGCCCGCAAACCCACGAAGCAUGGCAUGGCGAUUUAAGGCCUCGAAAUACAAAAACGCAGCCCCGAUCGUUCCCAAACCGGAGGUAUGCAUCCGGGACAUUUGCGUAGGAUCCUACCAGACCUAUGGUAACAACAUUGCAGCCUCGGCGGCGUUCAUCGCCUUCAACUGGGAACAUGUGGGCUCCAGUGUGGCCGUGCUGCCCAUCGACGACUGUGGCCGAAAGAGCAAAACCAUGCCUCUGUUGCAUGCACACACCGAUACGGUAACGUAUCUGGACUUUUCUCCAUUUCACGAUGGCCUACUGGCAACCGGCUCGCAGGACUGUCUGGUGAAGGUGUGGCACAUCCCGGAGAAGGGCCUCGAGAACUCAAUCUCCAAUCCGGAGUGUUCGUUUUCGACGAAACAGCGAAGAGUGGAGACGGUCGGGUUCCAUCCUACGGCCGAUUGCCUUCUGUACUCGACAGCCGUGGGAUGCGUCAGUCUGUGGGAUUUAACAUGCCAGCAGGAGUCAUUCUCGAACAAUCAACAUCCGGAGGUGAUUCAGUCUCUCAGUUGGAAACAGGACGGCAAGGUCUGUGCGACUAGCUGUAAAGACAAAAUGGUACGAAUCCUGGAUCCCCGGGCGGAGACGCCAAUAUCUAUGAUAGCCGAGAGUCACCAAAGCAUCAAGGACUCCCGAGUGGUAUGGCUGGGUGAUCAAAACCGAAUUCUGACUACUGGGUUCGAUGCCGCUCGGUUGCGGCAGGUCAUCAUCAGGGACUUGAGGAACUUCUCAGUACCGGAGAAGACGCUGGAGUUGGACUGCUCUACGGGUAUCCUGAUGCCGCUGUUCGAUCCGGAUACGAACAUGCUGUUCUUGGCGGGCAAGGGCGAUACUACGAUAGCCUACCUGGAGGUGACGGACAAGGAUCCGUAUCUGAUAGAGGGCAUACGACACUCGGGAGAGCAGACCAAGGGUGCCUGUUUGGUGCCGAAGAGGGCACUGCGGGUGAUGGAGGGCGAAGUGAACCGAAUUAUGCAGUUGACGUCGAAUUCAGUGAUUCCGAUCAUGUACCAAGUGCCGAGAAAGACUUAUCGAGACUUCCACAGUGAUCUGUAUCCAGACACAAACGGGUUCAAAACAGAGCUAACGGGUACGCAAUGGCUCAACGGAGUGAACAUGGCCGUUCAAAAGAUCAGUCUGGAUCCAGCGAAGCGAGAACUCGGCGAACAGCCUAUUAUCGUUCUGAGAGGUAACCUGAAUGAAGUAGUCAAGAACAUCGCGAACAAAUCGAAAAAUGCAUGCACCACGCCCAUCAGUACGGCGGCUAAGAUCGACAAGGAAGCCACGAUCGUGAAGCCCACUUUUGUCCCAAUCAAGGACAAGAUCAAACAGAUGGAACAGCAGUCACACAGUGAGAAAAGCGAGUUCGAACAGAAGUUCAAGGAGGUGACCUCGCUCAAGCAUACCGAGAAUGCCAACAUUGUUAUCGAACCGAAGCCUUGUUACAACGAGAACGAAAGUAACGGCAACCAUCCGGAACAGCUCGGCAGCUUGGACGACCAAGAUGGCAGCAUGGAUGAUCCGAUUCAGACUGGAGAGGUGACACCUCCGAAGCCACUGCCGAGGACAUCCCGCAACAACUCAGUCACCGAUCCACCGGUGGGAUCCGGUGAAGAAGUUCCCGUCGUUCCGGCACCUCGUCCGGUGGCCAGACCAAGAAUGUCCACCACAGGAUACAAGCCCCGCCUAGGCCCAAAGCCGUUCAGCAGUACGGGAUCUUCGGGAGAGUUCUCCUUCGACAAGGUGUUCAACGUCCCGCAGGCCCCCGGUUCCGAAAACGGAGAUUCGCAGAGGGACUCAAAUGACAACACUCAGGAAAACAGUCUGGUGUCUAACGGAAGCGUGGAGGAAACUCACGAAAAUGGUAACUGCAAGGAACCGGAAGCAUUCGCGGAGAUGACUACGGAAGAGGUCGUCAUGCGACCGAAGGUUACGGAGGAAGACGACAAACCCCGGAUCAUCUCUACCGCGGAACGAAGAAAGUCUGGAGAUCGAGAAAAGAUUUUUGAAUCCAAGGUCUCCACGGAAUCGGAGGACCAGUUUGACGCCGCCAUGGAGGACAAGCCGAGUCAGUUCGAACGAUUGAGUGGCCAACGAACAAGCAUCGCCGAGCGAAGGCGAAUGUACGAGAACCGAUCGCAGAGCGUCCAAGAAGAAAAGCCAGCAUCACCGGUUCCUCUCAGACGCCGAGAAUCCCUCAAAGUCCGCGGCGAACAAUCUAAGACCGACGAAGAGGUCAUGCCUCCGCCAUCCAGCGUAGAGUUCACGAGGAAUCGUAGCGAUCUGUGCAAGGAAAAUCUUCCCGCGGACAUCAACAAACGCAACAACGCCAACUCCGCCAACACCACAUCCAAGCGAACCUCGACAGUUUUCGGAAGAGUGUCUAAGUUCCGGCACCUGAAGGGAACACCCGGUCACAAGUCCACACACAUUGAGAACAUCCGUAACCUCAGCCGGCAGAUCCCGGGCGAGUGUGACGGCUUCCAGGCGAACUCGGAGCGAGUUGCCGUACCGAUUUCCGGGGCCGGAGGCAAGAUUGCAAUAUUUGAACUCAGCAAACCUGGUCGCCUGCCGGACGGAGUGAUUCCAUCGCUGGUCAACGGAAACAACAUCAUGGACUUCCAAUGGGAUCCGUUCGAUAACCAGAGAUUGGCGGUGGCGUGCGAUGACGGCAGCGUGAAGAUCUGGGCUAUCCCGGAAGGAGGCCUCACGGAGCCGACCAACGAACCGGAGAAAGAGUUGGUUGCCCAUUCGGAUAAGAUCUACAUCGUUAAGUACCACCCGCUGGCCAAAAACGUGUUCCUCACUGCUAGUUACGACAUGACGCUGAAGAUCUGGGACUUGGAUACGCUGACCGAGAAGUACUGCCUGAAGGGACACACGGAUCAAAUCUUCAGCGCGGCCUGGAGUCCUUGCGGGAUGUACGUGGCUACGGUGUCCAAGGACGGUAAACUGAGAGUGUACAACCCGAGGAAAUCGGAAACUCCUAUUCGAGAGGGAACCGGACCAGUGGGAACUCGCGGGGCGCGCUUGGUGUGGGCCAUCGAGGGAGAGUACAUUGUCGUAACUGGAUUCGAUAAAGUUUCCGAACGACAAAUCUACGUCUAUAAAGCGACGGACCUGGGUGCCCCUCUCGGAAUGGUGGGCUUGGACGUGUCGCCGGCCAUUCUGAUACCGUUCUACGACGAGGACAGUUCGACAAUCUUUGCCACCGGCAAAGGCGAUUCCACGAUCUACUGUUUCGAGAUUACCGAAGAGUCUCCGUUCAUCUGUCCCCUAUCGCACCAUCGAUGUUCAUCGUUAACGCAGGGCUUGAGUUUCCUGCCGAAGAACCAAUGCGACGUCGCAUCGGUUGAAUUUGCCAAAGCACAAAGACUUACCAACGGAACGGUCGAACCGUUGAGCUUCACCGUGCCACGUAUCAAGAGUGAGCUGUUCCAGGAUGACCUGUUCCCUCCGACCAAGGUCCUGUGGGAAUCAACGCUGUCGGCGGCCGAGUGGUUCACCGGUCGUGACAAACCCGCCCAGCGGAUCAGUCUACAGCCCGAGGGAAUGGAUUCAUUGUCUUCCAUUCAACCGACGGUAACGACACCGACGCCGGCAAAGAAAAGUGAUAACAUCAACCAAAUCAUUGGGCAGCAGACGCAGUUCAACAAGGCCUGGAGUGCGGACCUGGUGCGAUCGAAACAAGAUGAGAUCAAAAACUCGGUCAGCGCCCGGAUGCCCAUCAAUCGCAAGCUCGAACAGGAUGACAUGGAGGGCGUCGAUGAGAAGGAGUGGGAAGAGUAAACCGCAAACCAUAAUAACCUAUAGUAACAGCUACUGCAAUGUAACAUAAGUGCAUGAGUAACACGUUUAUACCGAUCAAUAGUUUAGCAAACCCGCAUCGUACCCUUUCUAACGCAUUUUAUAAACCUUCUUAUACGAAACCAGAUAGACCGCAGUUGUCUCUUUAAUUUGUCUAGUACUAAAUAGAGAAAAAAAACUAGUAGGACAAAGUAGUUGUGUAUCUUGGAAGUGCGGAAACAACAGAGACUGCAAUAUGUGACAAAUCCAACAACCAACUGCCAAUCUCCAUGACCAACAUUUGAGCAAAAACAAUUACGAACAGCAGAACACUCCCAGUAACAAAAAAAAAAAAACGAAACACAUCUUUAAACUUAAACUUCCCUUUUGUCUUCGAUUUUGUGGGCAACAAUUUUAGCCACAUCUGGGCGCAGCAUAUCUAGCAUAUCUGGUGCAACAAGCCAAGCCAGCAGUUACUAAAAUGAUUUGCAUACGUAUUGAUCAAACUCUACUCUAUACUUUAGGAAAAAUAAAUAAGGAUAAUCACGAUAUCGCUUUGGUGAAGCUUUGAGAUUUUGUGCAUGUUGGCGCCCAACCGCGCGAGGGCGCCACUAUAAUUGGAAGCUAGUCAAGUGAACAAUGCUCAAAACCAAUCUUAGUAGGUGUAGUAACGCGUAUGGAUCUGCUUCAGAAGGAAGCCGAAAGCUUAGAGAAUGGUAACGAAAAUCGCAAAGUCCGGUGGUGCAAACGAACUCGGUGCACACAAACUUCUUAUUCGAUAGGCGUGUAGAGGGAACCUAUGUAAAUUAUAAUCGUAUCGUUUGUUUUAAAAUCGUGCUACGUAUUUAUUACUCCGAAAAUUCACUCUGCGAAACAAUUGUGAUGAUUUCAUGUUUAGGAACAUACGCACACACACACACAUACACUCUUACGUGCGUCUUAAUUGUUUAUAUAAACAUUCUUUUUUUUUAACGAUUACGAAUAGAUUUUUAGGUGUGCCAUUGUCCCUUUUUGUUUUGUGCUUACAAUUAUAUCGUUAUAAGAUUUCAAUGCUUACAGUUUCAGUAUAUAACUAUUCGUCAACUGGCGUAAUGCGUUUUCUACUGCACUUUGUAUUACACAGCAUUAAAGGUAUAUAAGCGAAAUAAUUAUUUACAAAAUUCGGGGCUAGCAUGCGGGCAGAACGCCGAGUCACAAAUAGAUUCAUGAAACGUGAUUCCUUUCAUCAGACUGUUCCAAUCAGAGCCAAUCUCUUUUGUUUCAGUGUUUUCUACGAAAGACAUUGAUUUUUGACCUUGAAAAAAUCAAUUCUCAUCUUUUUCAGUCGCUUGAAAGAAUUCAUUGGCAUUAUAGCAAAUUCGAUUUAUUCUUAAAUUCAACUUAUUUCAUUCUCUUGGAAGACGGAAAGUAUUUCUGACAACACUGUUAAUGAACCUAUCACCGCUGUUGAUUAAUUUGUAGUGUUGCCAGAGGCACUUUUUAAUUCAUCAUAGGAGGCUGGAAUGAUUAAAUUGUGGUCAAAAUUUCAGUAUAUGAUACGAGUAAAUCAGAAACGUGUUUUUCGAAGGAAACUUUUGAAGAGUAGUUCUGAUUAUCAGGAAUGGUCUGCUCAAGCAUAACUAUAUUUAUAAUAUUAAUUACUGUACGACUAUUGGACUAUUAUUGAUAGGCUAUUGAAAUUUUCUGCAUAAAACGCAAAAAAGACUAGAUAAUAUUCAGUUUCAAGUUUUUCUAUCCGUCAUGAUAAACAAUUCUCAAUAUUACAAUAUACAAAAGAGUAAAAAACAGUAAUAAGUUACAUACUAAUAACAGAUUGAAAUUGAUUGUUCCCUUAUAAUGAAUAUUGAAACACCGACAAACAAUACAACAUUUGAACACUGAUGCUAUUUGAUGGAAAUGACUUUCACAUAACUAAACACAUUACAAUACACAAACCGACAACCGACACUGAUGAUGAAGAAAGUAACAACCAGGGUUAAAUCAGAUAAAUGGGAGACGCCCAAUGGAAAAUCUCUAGCAUUUUUACACCGAACCUGGAAUACAACAUUGAAACAAUAAGUAUAUAUACAGUACAGU